UCAAAAUCGAAAUAAGCAUGGACGCUCGGGAAGUGACACGCGCCAAGCAUGCGGCGGAGCUGGAAGCGAAGAAGCGCAAACUAGAGGAAAUCCGUCGUCGUAAGGCCAACGUGAAGGAGGCUACCGUCGAUACAGCCACGACAGCGGCCGUCGCUGCCGCGCCGUUUCAGGACUUUUUGCAAACCAUAUUGGACGAAGAGAAGCAAAAGGAUAUAGAAGUCACGGCGACCAACGACAGUGCCGCCCCCACGAGUGCACCUACUGUGUCGUUUGCCGAGAAAUUGGCCAAACUCUCCACAGUGAUGCAAGUGGGUUCGCUCGAUAUUUUACCCGUUCAGGUGGAGUUGUACGACAAGGCAACGGGCAUGGAUCCCGAGGAUUUCCCCUCGAUGCCGCCGCAUCUUUUACCGGUCCAAAUCGACUCGAGCGCAAACGAGCCAGAGCCUACAAACUCCCCAGUCAUGACGUCCCCGCGCAAGUCCAAAUCGCCUCUCCAGGCUCCUCCACCGGUCCCCGUUCGACUAUCUAAGGAAGAACGCGAAAAAUUGCUUCUAUCGGCUGACUUGGACUCGUUUUUGAGCAAAUCCGGCCGUGUGAUGGAACGUGCACUCAUCCAAGCGAGCACCUUUGACGUGAUGAAAGACUACAGCGCAGACGGCACGAGUGACGACAACGACAUGAAUGGCGGGUCGACAUCCCAUGCGCUUAAACUGGCGCAUAUCUACCGCGAUUCAAAGUGGACAAAGGGUCGUGCCGUCACCGACAUUGACGUGUCUCCAUUUUACAACGAACUGUCGUUGGUGGCGUACAAUGCGCGGGGAUACCUGGAAGACGACUUGAACGACCAAGCGGAUUGGAACAUGCUAGACGGAGGGGAUGCGAUGGCUGAUGCGGAAGGCGUUGUGUUGUUGUGGUCGAGCAACUUGCCGUCGCACCCCGAGUACAAAUUUACGUGUCACUCCCAGGUCAUGAGUGCAUGCUUCAGCCCAUUCGAUCGGAAUUUAUUGGUGGGCGGGACGUACUCCGGGCAGGUCGUGUUGUGGGACACUCGAGCGAAACAUACUCCAGUGCAAAAAACAACGCUGUCCGCGGCUGGCGGCCAUACGCAUCCAAUUUACUCGAUGAGUGUUGUCGGUACCAAGACUUGUUUCAGCUUGGUGUCGGCGAGUACCGACGGACGCAUGUGCGUGUGGAAUAUGAACCAACUGCAUACCCCCAUGGAUGUGUUGGACCUCCGCGUUGCUGGACCGUCUGCCUUGUCUGCAGGUGUAGCGGCCGGUGGGGCGGCGGGCAGCAUCGCGCCGACAGCGGCCGGUCGUAAAAUGUCCGUGCCAGUCACCGCCAUGGCGUUUCAGCGGCCGUCGCAGAAUCCGACGAAUGCGUUUGCCAUUGGCACAGGUGCAGUUGACAUGGCCUGUGGGCGACGCGUCCGACCGUGUGUGUUAACGAUAGAGUCGGGGGAUCUCUGGGGUGCCCACCUCGACGAAUUGCACCCUUCGGCGUCCCAAGCCAAGGCCCGUGAAGUCCUCGUCAACUCUGUCGGGGGGCCGACAGGUUCAUCGCAUUUCGGCCCUGUCACGUCGAUGCAAUACCAUCCACUUGUGCCCCACCACCAAGACACGCUGCUCUUGACGUCAUCGGUCGACUGGAGCUGCCGCUUGUGGAGUCAAAAGGUAACCAAGUUGUUCCGAGUGUGCUUCCAUCGUGCAAUCUGUUUCCUGCCAAGGCUGGAUGGUUGCUGCAGCCUUGGUUGUCGUCCGUCGUGAGUCUCGAGAUGUUCGACUUUACGUCUUCUGUCUUGGAGAGUUCGUUGUUGCUUCGGAACUUCGUCAAACGUAUAGAGGUCAUGAGAUACUGAAUGGACCUCAACCAGGGAGGAGACAAGCCGAUCAUGUCGUUUGAGCCCGCCAACGACUACGUGUACGACAUUCGAUGGUCGCCGGUGCAUCCAGGACUGUUUUGCACGGCGGACGGAUCCGGCAAGGCGAGCGUGUGGAAUAUCAGCAACGAUUCAGAGGUCGGUGGGAGCAACCCACGUCGAUAUUGAGGGACUGGUGCGAUGUGUAGGUGCCUGUGGCUGAAGUCCAAGUUAGCACCGAACGAGCGUUGAACAAAGUGCGAUGGACAGCGGACGGCAAGCGCUUGUUGGUCGGGGAUUCUGCUGGGGAUACGCAUGUCUACGAUGUGCCGUCGGAGAUCUCGCAGCCACGACCAGAUGAAAUGACUCGCUUGGAAAGCAAGUUGAAUCAAGCGAUUGCGCGCACGACGGACGUGUACAUGGGUUAACUAAUGGAAGAAACGAGUCGUGUGGACAGAGAUCGCUCAAGUGUGGACGGAUUGACAUCUCGCGGUGAGAUGGGCGUGUAUCCUUUGGCAAUAUGAGAAUGCCCCGUCGUGUCGUA